AUCCGCUCCCUACUACACGUAAGCCGCCGGAGCUUCCGGUCCGGAGCCAUCGGCUUUGCGAGCAGCAGCAGCAGCAGAAGCAGCCGCGUCCUGGUCUCAGGGGCCCCAAGCCGCCGGCUUCGGGUUGAGGCUUCCCUAGACAGCCACGGACCGAGCACAGAGCUUCUCUGUACGGUGAGGGGUGGCUCCUAUGCCCGACCAGCACCGGCGUUCGCAAGACGAAGAUGCUGGCCCGCCUGCUGCCGCCCGUGCUGCUGGUGCUGUGGGCAGCCAGCGAAAGCGGCCGCUGUGAUGUGCCUUGUCCAGCGUACUGCGUCAAUUCGUUCGCUGUGUUCAGGCCCGAGGACAGGCGCAUCAGGUGGAUCAAAGGCCCGGACGCCUCGAGCUUUGUGAGGAUCUUCAAGACAGUGUUGAAUCCCGGGUCGUCGACGACCACCGUGACGAUACGCAUCAAGGGCGUUGACGUUCCUGUGCCUUCAAACUCAAAGUCUUUGAUUGUGGAAAUACUGAAGAGGCACCCGGACCUCGCCGAGAUUCUAAUCGAUAUCCUGCGGGAUAGGCCCUUACACCCGUCGGGGCGCACGCCCAAUGGAGGUGUGAUGCAACCGGAUUUGUUGACGCCGCCCUUCGAUCACGGCAACCCUUCUGCAAGUGUGCGGGCCCCUCAUCCGAUGCCUGGGUUUCCUGGCAAUCCGUCCGGGUCAAUUAUAUCCCCUGGAGUCAUACCUUCAUUCACUGGGAAACCCGGAGUGCCUACUGAAAUGACAAUGUUCAAGCCUGAGUUACCUAUUCCAGGAAGUCCGGGAAUGCCGGGAGAGCCGGGAAUUCCGGGAAUGCCGGGUGUGCCGGGUAUGCCGGGUAUGCCGGGUAUGCCGGGUAUGCCGGGUGUGCCGGGUAUGCCGCGUAUGCCGGGUAUGCCAGGUAUGCCGAGUGUUCCAGGUGUAUCGGGUGUGCCGAGCAUGCCGGAGGUGCCAGGAGCACCAGGGAUGCCAGGAGCGCCAGGGAUGCCAAUUAUGCCUGCCCUUCCACAGCCCGGUGGGCGCUAUGUACCUCCCGACGUUAUGAAGCCCGUUGAAAUUACGACCGGUUCUCAAACCGUUCCACCGGACAUUUUAUCUUAUCUUGAGCUCCUGGUCAAAAAUCCUGAUUACUUUGUUCCCAUUUACAACAUUCUGGUCAAUAAGGGCGUCCGAUUUCCCGACGUUACGAGGCCUUUCACUUACGUUAUAAUUAAUGGCCGCCACGUCAACCUGCCUAGGGCUGUUACGGUACUUUUUACAAUACGGAUCAAUGGUCAGCCGUUCGUGCUGCCUAGAGACGCCCCGAGGCUGGCGUCCUUCAUUAGCCAGAAUCCGGGUCAGAUGACCAUCAUCACGACGAUACUACGGCAGCUCGGCGCAGUUGUGACGACAAACCCUUCCGGCCAAAUUACGGGCUUCACUUUGUUUGGCAGGAGAUAUCCUCUUACAAACCCGGUCACUACGCAAGUUGUCGUAAACGGCCGCCGGUUCACUUUGCCUCGAGACUUUACGUCCUUGAUCAGCUUCGUGCAGAGCAAUCCUCAAGCAUUCCACAAAGUACUGCCUACUCUCAUUACGCUUGGCGCUCGCCCUCAGAAGUCUCCAACCGGGGAAAUUAAAACGAUCACAAUUAACGGCCGGAACUAUCCUGUGCGCUCCGUGGCACCCCUGCGCGUCACUAUUAAUGGACGAAUGUACACCAUUCCCGCGGACCUUGACGUCAUACUGAAGCAGCCUGGUAGCAUUAGCGUUGGCGAACUCAUCGGCGCUCUUCAAAAGUUACGCAUCCCCGUGACUGUAGACCCGGACACUGGAAAUGUUGUCGGGAUCGUCAUGGACGGUGUGCCUAUCCCAUUCCCCGUGAUUGUUCGCUUACGCGUCAACCUUGGCGGCCGAGUCUACAGGAUACCACGCGAUCUUCCCGCUGUCGUCACCUACCUAGAGCAGCAUGGCAUGCCUGCCAAAGUCCUGUCGUUCUUGUACAACCAGUUUGGCAUCAUGCCAGUGCGAGACAGCAGCAACGCCGUGACAGCGAUAUCGUUCAACAAACGCCUGUACCCCGUGAAGCGUCAGUCAGAUACCGUAAUCAAUAUCGGAGGAGGACGCUUCACGCUGCCCAGGGAAGCACCAAGGUUAGUGCGCAUGCUAAAAGAUCACAGAAUCUCCAUUGAACAGUUUCUGAUCGUCAUACAGCAGGCUGGCUACAAGCUCAUACCGGGCCCCGAUGGCGUUCUUCACAGCGUCCAAAGGGGAUUUGACGUGCUAGAAUUGCCAGUGAAUAUCCGCCUCAUUGUGAACAUCAACGGGGUCCGCUACAGGGUGCCCGCAGACCUGCCUCGAAUCACUCAGGUCUUACAGACUAUAAGGAAUCCCAGCGGAAUCCAGGAAAUUCUUGUUAGCCUCCAGAAGAUGGGAGUGAUAGUUCAGCGGAGCGCAAGUCAGGUCACGCUCAUUUUCAAUGGCCGGCGCUACUCAUUCCCGUAUAUUAUUGGCGGCCGCGGUGCCGGCGGCGAACCGUCCGCGCCUCCCUCGGGAACGAUGACCAUUCGCGUGAAUUUAAACGGCCGCUGGUUCUCGCUUCCUGACCAGAUCCAGGAUAUGAUGACCUUCGCGCGCUCCAGCGGACCGAUGGCUAUUCAGAUUCUCAUUAGGACGCUGCGUUCGCAAGGCAUCACUGUCAACAUGACACCCGACGGCGGUGACAUCAUAUCAAUAGUGAUCCGAGGUCAACUCUAUCCAGUGCAGGGAACCGGCCGGGCGCCUUCCGUCGCCGGUGGCAUCAGCGACGGCAAGAAUGUGCAGGUCAUCAUCCGGGGCCGUGCUUUUAUGAUUCCUCGGGACAUCAAAAUCCUUCGCCGUUCGUUGCCAGGUUUCCAGUACGGUGAACUCAUAUUAGCGCUGCAUCGCGUCGGGGCCUUGCUCGAAGUAGACGAGCGAGGUAACUUCUACGGCAUGCGCGUCCAAGGUCGGCUGAUCAAGUUCGCCGUCAUCUUCCGGGUGAACGUGAUGCUGGAGAAGAGCGGUCACAAGUAUCGCGUACCGCUAGACCUCGCGGAGCUGGCUCAAGGACUCUCCAGUGGCCGGAACUGGAACUGGAAGAUCGUCCGAAGAGUGCUGUACAACUCGGGCGUCGAGGUGCAGGGAGGCUCCGUUGGGGCUCCUCGUGCCAUCGGAUUCCAGGGCAAGUUCUUCGAACUGCGCCGCAUGGUCAAAGGCUAGACUGAUUUGCCCACCUUUCGAGUCAGAGAUCUAUACGUAUAGGUGCAACGUUACCACUUCUCUCGACCUUCGUGGCGAAGCUGCGUACUUCGCAAUUGUUAAUAAAUAAAACGCACACUCUGCUUAGAUUUUUCCACGCAGUGUUUGGCGAGCUGCAACGUGGCGCUGUUGGGACACGUGUCAAACAAAAAACUCCCGCGAGGCGAAAUUAUCGCUCUCAUGACCGCGAGUUAACGUCACGAUUGCUUCUGCGGACAUGGAGUGUUCCCCCUUUGAACCGAGGUGGAAGCUACGGCGUUGAGCGUGAGAAAAACAAUAAAUGACAACAAACCACUUAUUUCUCUA